GGAAUAAUAAAAGGGAAGUGAAAGAAAGCAAGCAAAAUACCAGCGCAUGAGGACUAUGGACAAUAACAAAUAAGGGAUAAGAGUUUAACUGAGAUUGAAGAGGCAAAGGAGGAGUUCAAGAGAGUGAUAGUUUAAAGGUCCUGAAACAAAGGCAGUGAUAAACAGGGCAUACAGUUCAAAUAAUCAUUGUUCUUUUUUUUUUUUUUUUUUUUUUUUUUUAGUCACACUCAAGUAGGUUUUUGCUGAAAAAAUUAAACUGGCCAAAAAUGAUUAGUCUACCAAAAUAUGGCUACAAAGUGCCUGUUAGGCUACAAUGUUAAAGCUAGAUUUUCUUCCUUGUCAUAACAUUAGAUUGAAAAGAUGUCUUCCUCUGAAGGCAGUAGCAAAGAACUUUGAGUUGAUUUGUGUGUUUGUCUACCUAGCCCUGUUUGGUCUAAUAAUAAAUUACAUGUGUAGUGCUGAGGCAUAGGUAUUUAAAAUCCCAAAGUCAAGCAUUAAGCUAGUCAAGCCUCAGCCAAUUUACUACAGUGAAGAAGAAAGCAAUUCUUGGUAAUCCCCUCAAACAUAAUAGCCAUCUUUAGCAAUGAAAGAAAGAAGAGUAAAUGGAAGAUAGGUGUUAGCUAACCUGGUCAUACACUGGAAGAGUGUCUGAAUCUCUGCUGAGAAAUUGCCGUGAUCCCAGCUGGAAAGCUUUCCUAAGUCUUCCAGUAACAUCUUCAGUUUAUUGCUUUUGUUUCCAAGAAAAAACAAAAUACUUUAGUUCUUCUGAAAUGACAGAUUUGAGUUAAACAAGCAUAUUUGCAGAUUCGUCAGAAAAUUUCUAAAGAAUGAAGAUUUUGAUAUUGAUCGAUUUUAUCCUUGCAGCUAGCUUGAUGGAUGGCAUUGGCAGCUCUGAUCUACAGAACUGUUUUCAAGAGCAGAUACGACUUCAAGCCCAGGUGAGACUUCUGGAACAUCGUGUGAAACAGCAGCAGUUGAAAAUUAUACAGCUUUUAGAGAAGAAAGAGAUUCAGUACAAUGACAGAGGAGAUGAAAACAGUGUCAUUGACUUGGGAGGAAAAAGACUGUAUUCAGAUUGUGCAGAAAUCUACAAUGAUGGACAUAAGCGAAGUGGAUUUUAUAAAAUGAAACCUGUCCAGAGUCCUAAUGAAUUCCUUGCCUUCUGUGAUAUGUCUGAAGGGGGUGGCUGGACUGUUUUUCAGAGACGUUCGGAUGGCAGCCAGAAUUUUGAUAGAGUCUGGGCUGACUAUGAAGAAGGCUUUGGAAAUUUUGUUUUGGCAAAUGGUGAAUAUUGGCUUGGAAAUAAAAAUCUUCAUUAUUUGACCAGUCAAGGGAACUAUACUUUAAGAAUUGAUCUAACUGAUUUUGAAGGAGAACGGCGCUUUGCACAAUAUACAAGAUUCAGAGUUGCAGGUGAAGAGCAUUCAUAUGAGAUGAGUUGUGGUGAAUACUCGGGCACAGCUGGGGAUUCUCUUACUGGGGGUUUUCACCCUGAAGUAAAAUGGUGGGCUGAUCAUCGAGGAAUGAAAUUCAGUACUCGAGACAGGGACAAUGACAACUAUGAAGGGAACUGUGCUGAAGAGGAGAAGGCUGGCUGGUGGUUUAACAGGUGUCACUCUGCCAACUUGAACGGGUUGUACUACAAAGGGCCCUACACAGCGGUGACAGAUAAUGGCAUUGUUUGGUACACUUGGCAUGGGUGGUGGUAUUCUCUGAAAUCUGUUGUCAUGAAGGUCAGACCAGUAGACUUUGAACCUAAUAUUGUUUAAUUAUUUUAUUAAGAUGAUUUAUCUAGUUAAUCUUUCAGCAAAUCUACCCAAAUUAAAACACAUGGGCAGACUUUUGCUUCUCAUCUACACCUCUAUAAAUCUGGAAUAAUUCCUUGACAAACAAUAGUUUUUCAGAUGUAAAUGAGAAGAAAAUCUGGCCUAGGCAUAUGUAUAUACAUAUACUACUACUUAGAUGUGUACAGGAUCUUUUUUAAAGGCAGGAGCUCACCCAGAAUUAAGGGCAUCUUUGUUAACACGGAGAAUUUUUGGCUUGUGCAGUAACUACAAGGCCUUUUAUCUUUUUAACAACAGAAGUCUUAUUUAUGUUUUCCUUUUCUUUCCCAUCAUUCACUUUUCAGCUCCCUGUAUGUGCAGUGGAAGCACCAAAUGGCUCAUACUACUUUGUAUUUUUUCCAUCAGGAUGAUAUUUUUAUAUAAGUCUUUGCACUCUAAUGGAAGUCUCUAUAUUGCCUUAAAAAUUACAAUGAAUUGUAUGAAUUACACCCAAAAUCUGUGUGAAAAGAACCUUAAGGUUGCCUUUCUCAGUGGAUAGAAUAUACUUUUUUAGAAGGAAUCAAUGCUUUAGAGGAAGAGUUGUUUAUAAAUUCCUCUGAUUUAUUUGAUGUUAACACUGCAUACAUAGCAUGCAUAUAAUGUAUUAAGAACAAGGCAGGAACUGAAGGAACAGAGACACUACCAGGCUAGAAUCAAUUGAUUCCAGUAUAUAAAAGUUCAUUGUGUCUGUCUCUGCUGAAGCAUUCCUAAAGCUGGUCACAUUAUUUCAAUCAAAUGUUUUUUAGAUAGUCACUAAUUAUGCUUUCCUUCUUUUUAGUAAUAAGCUAGAUAUCCUGGACUUUAAGAUACUGACAUCUGAAUUUUUGCAAAAGGCUGAAUACCAAAAACUGCAACUGAUUUUCAUGUGAGCUGUGCUUUGAAUGCACACUAUGAUAAUGCAUAUGUAGAUGGUACUGUGUUUCAUGUGCACUUUUAAUUCUGUGUUUUAGAGGCUUUUAGUACUUGAUUCCAUAAAUUUUAACUUUCUUUAAGCAUUGGUCAGUCUCCAAGGCUGUCCCAUUUUGAAUGUCCUUUCCAGUCACUUCUACGUGUUUCUGCUUCUAAGCCUGUAUCUUCUCCUUUUCCUAUAUCCUCAUCUUGAUCCUUGGGCUUCUCCCUUUCUUAUGCUACAGAUGCAUAUUUUUCUGCUGCGAGAAGAAACUUGAGAGACUCAACUCAGACAUUUUUCAGUUCUCUCCUUCCUAAAAUAAUUUUGCUUUUGUGAUUAUACUACCAGUCUCUGUCUUUCUGUCUGUCCUUUGAACCUGGUCCCAACUUCAGUCAUAUUUAACAUAACUGAGAAUAACUUGCCAACCUAAAGGUCAAUUCAUAUCUAUAUUGACAUGAAUACAGCCAGUCGAAUGUGGACUCACUGCAUUGCCAUUAUUCCUUCCAUUUCCAUUCUCCAAGAACAAAAGUUUGGUAAGAAAGAGUCUGUGAAGGAAUCUAACAGAAUAGGAGAGGGAGGAUGUGCUGAAGAGCUGAAAAAAAAAAGAGGUGCAUAUAAAAACAUGUAUCCCACUCAUGAAGAUAAAUCAGAUUGCACAUAAAUGAAAUGGGGAUGUAAGUACGGAAAAAAAUGAAGUUUGAGCAGGAAAAAAGAAUAUUAGCAUGCAUAGAAGGUGUUGAUAAAAAUCUGCAAUAUACAGGCUUUCAGUUCUGUGGGUUUUUUUUGUGAUGAUGGCAGAUAUUCCAGACAAUAAAACCUCUUUCUCAAAGUAUCAACAGAUAUUCUGCUAGAGGUAUCUAGCCUUUAGCACAUCACUGUACCCCUGAAUGAGAUCACCAAUGUAUAGCGCUAGAACUGCUUAUUUGAAGCUUUCUUUAAUCAGUUAAAACAAAUUAAAUUCCGUAUCUGACGGGAAGACAUCCAGGCUUACACACACACACACACACACACACACACACACACACACUAUACAUAUGUAUACAUACAUCUAGAUAUAUAAUCAGCAUUCAGUAUUAAAGCAGAACAUCUGAUAGGUAUUUCUAUCCAAUUUUAUUACUGAACUUCAAAUGGGUCCCUCAAUAACUCUAUGAGCACUCUAUAGGUAUGAGUCAUUAAGAAUAAGAUGGAAUUUUUAAAGCAGUUUAUAAAGAUGUUAUAAGUACAGUAUUUCCCAUUCCAGAAUUUCCCAUUCUAUGUAAAAACACAGAUGACAUGAUGCAAGAAUUGUAAAAACACCCUUACUUUUUCACAGGAAAAUGGAAAGAAGAUUAGCUCAUAUAUUUGGAGAGUAUCAAGCCAGAUCAUAUUGCACUUAAUGUAAAUAUAAGACAUGGAGGAUUUACGUACAGCAAAGUUGGAUCUCUAGCAUACAAAAAAACCUCUUACUAAGAUGUACAGAUUGUGCUGAUAAAAUCCGCAAUAUUUAUCUUUUUUGCUGCAGCAUAAAUCCAUCCUCCUUUUUGUGAGAAUGAUAAUGAAAUCUUUCAGCUGAAUUAGAACACUUCUCAUAUUUUAAUGUAAAACUUGCAAGGAAUAAAAGUUGACUCCCUUCCUCUCUCGGAAAUUAUACAAAGAAAGAGGAACAAAUCUUUCUUUGUACAUGUUAAAAUGCAUUUAUAUGUUGUUUACUUGGACUGCAUGUUCUUCAGAACAAGGACUUGUCUGAAGAACAUCUAUCAUACUGUUAGCAAUAUGCAAAUACAAUAUUUAAUUCGCAUCAUGUUUCUAUAGCCUUUCUUUAUGUAAUAAUUGCUUUUGGCAACAUGAAAAACAUAAGAAAAGUCUUGUAAUUCAAAAUGGUAAUAUAAUUGUUCUUAAAUAAACAAAAUCUUUAUUUUGAAAGGACAAGUUUAAAUAGCUACUGAAGAAGAGCUUGGAAGAGAAACCACAAGAAUUCCUUUCUCUGCCUGGCAUGGUCUGCUAGUAUUAAUUUAUUUCCUCGACAGGUAUGAACAUGUUCUAGAGGAAUCUUUAUUUUUAAAGAUAGCAGAACAAAGGCCUGUUUGUUUGUUUGUGCAUUAGACAGAACUACAUAAUAGCUGAAAGUUUACAUAUAUCACUUCUUAUAAAUCAUAUAACCCAACAGAAUAAGAACGAUCAAGAAAAUAACAAGGAAAAUGGUUUGCCAGUCAUGAUUAAUAAACAACAUAAUCAUAGCUACCAGUAAUGUGUAACAAAAAUGCCUCUUUUUGUAAUAUUUGUUCAAGGGAAACAUCUCUAUAUUUUCAA